AUGGUACCUCUGGAGGCGGCCUUGAGCGGUGCAAUCGGUUCGCGCGUUCGCAUCAGCACCAAUCCGGCCUCGUCCACGAUCGAGGGCACUCUUUUCACAGCUUGCCCAAUCACCAACCUUGUCGCUAUCAAUACCGCCGACGGUAAACAGACUCAAGCGGGGGACUAUCACCUUAUUCCCAUCUCCCGGAUACAGUCCUUCCAGAUCGUUUCUCUCGCCCCAUCCUCUCAGACCGCUGAAUCGACCACCUUCACCGAUGCUGUCCCGCCACUGCAUGCUCUGGAUACCCGUGCUCUGAAAAACCGGGAGGCCAAUGCUGUGGCGAAGAUCCAAGAGGGCGAGGCGCGCCGUGGCAAGGGCGUCACACGAGAAGCCCAGGAUCUCUUCGAUGCGUUUAGUCGCACGAUGCCCACGAGGUGGGAUGGUGCGAGUAUCAUUGUGGCCGACGCGGUUGUGAUUGCGCCUCCCUACCGCGUGGACGACUGCCGACCACUGGUUGCAGGUGACACAGCUGCCCUUGCCCGGGUACGCAAGGUGCUUGAAAUGGAACGCAAGAAGAUCGAACUACGAAAUGCUAGCGCAACAAUAGGAUCGUCAAAUGCUUUUGCUCGUUCGGGAGGU